UCUAGAAGCACUAUAUGAAAAUUUAUCCUUCUCCAAGUGGCACCUUGCUCAAUUAUAACCCGGACUAACACUUUGUGGGGGUACUCAUGGCUGAGCCUUUCUUCCUUACAAGUCUUUUACCCUGGCAUAAUCUCUACCUAUGGUAUGCUUGGUCUGCUCUGCGUCCUCUCCUUGCACCCGAUGUCAAAAUACUGCCCUCUAGAGGUAAACUCAUUGGCAUUGCCAUUCAAUUUGAUGACCUUUGGAAAUUUCAUGCCCCAGUGAGGACUCUAGAGGACUUUGAUGUUAGAAUCUUUGAUGAUAUAGUACAGAAGUCAUCUGAGUGUACUGAUGCACCUACGGAACCUCAUCAUCUCUGGGAGUAUCCUGGUCGACCUUUGACCCAACAGUUUGAACUCAUGACCUUUGACUUCUCAAAACCAAUUCCUGAAGGGAAGUCGGUAAGGAAUGGAGUCGUUGAUUUCUGCAGGGAUGGUACUUGUCAUGGUAUUGCAUUGUGGAUGGAGUACGAAUUGGAUGACACAACAACCAUCUCGACUGGACUACAAGAUGAGGUCAAAGGGUCUAGUGAGACUAGUAGUAGACUUGUCUGGGACAUGCACAGCAAGCAAGGUGUCCAUUUCAUCAAGGCUAACCCGGAAGUGAAAGAAGACGAGAGUUUGAACUUUGAGGUCACAUUCAAUACUUUGAGUGGAAAUCUUCAUUUUAACUUUGAAGUGAAUCAAAGAGAGAGAUGAUGGUUGAGUUUUUACCUGCUGUCGAUUUGAUAUUCAAAGGAAGGAGAUGAUUCCCACAUGCUUGCCUGUCAAAGCCACAUACUAACGUGAUCUUCAUCGAAGGAGUCCCGUAAAAAUGAUGUUUUUGAAGCCAAGACAAUAGAAGAGAUGAAUUCUAAGGUAACCUUCACAGAUGUGGGACCCGUAACACAAGGCUUUAAUAGCAGUCAUCGGAUAAUUUUUUUUUUCGAUUGAUUGCAUUGACUACAAAGUACAAUUAAUAAUGAAAUUCAAGCAUACUAUUAAUUGCUAACCUCUGUGUUACUGUGCACUGACGAUAUCAAUUUUUUUUAGUCUAUGAAACCUUGGCCAUUUUUUUUUAGUUAAGUAGUUUAGUGGCUCAACAUUAUUUAUACUCUACUGAGUGAGUCAGAAAACUAAAUUUCAAUGUUAUAGUAAAAAACGUGUCAUGAACACAUAAUUAUGUGUCCUGAGUAUCUUCUACUAAACAAUUUGAUACCAUCUUUAUGUGGUAUGUGUUUAUGCCUGGAUAGUCAGGAGGUAUUCUUUGCUCUGAUGCACAAUUUCAUUUGUGUCAAAGUAUGGCAUGACUGAAAUGAAUGAAUAGCCAAGGUUCCAGAGUCUCUUUAAAUUAAGCUCUAAAUAUUAUCAUUGCCAUUUUCCUCUACAAAUGGUUGGAAAAACUUGAAUUGGCAAAUAUUUAAAUCAAGCAAAUAAUUGCACAUACAAGCAUAUGUAAUUACAACUCGCCUGAUACAGAGUAUGACAUAGAAUUCAGGCCAGUGGGACGCACUCUUAACUAAACCUGCUUAUAAGAUUGGAGUUUUUCUUGAGCAAAUACUUGGCUAGCAAGCAGUGGAAAUGCAUAAGUUGCAUUGUUGUGCUUAGAAGCUUAGAUUGGUCUGAGAUUUGUCCAUGUCACUUUUCGCUUAGUAUGGGGCUUAAAAAAAAGAAAUAUCAAGUUCAUUAGGACCUAUUGUAUCGAAAUUAUGCAUUUACAUGUGUUAAUUAGAUGAUGAAUAGAUGCUUGAGGUGAGGCUGUGUUCAAAAUAUUGCAAAAAGCAGUAAAAUUGGAGAAAUGGCCUAAACAAGACCAAGUAGAUCAUACUAGAAUAAUUAAAUACAUUCCUAUUUUUAUUAUAUUUGAUUCUUCCAGAUCAUGAUAUUUUAUAAACAGCUUGGGUAUUUUGUGCAUACGGCUCCUUGAUAGAGUAUAGCUUGAUUUUUCAUAAGUUUUGCUUAUUCUCCCGAAGAUGAGAAGAACACACUUAUCAAAACGUCGAGUUUGGGUGGUCCUAUUCAGGUCCAACACAUGCCCAUGGAAGAAUACAUGGUGUACCGUGAAACCACUACACUGUUUUCUGUACAUUUCGAAUAAACCUGCAAGAUAAUUUUUAUAU